UCGCUAUCUCCCAGGAUUACAAGACAUUUCUUGGCACUUGUCGUUUUGGCAUCGGAUCCAUUUGAAAAGCAAAUAGACAGAAAAUCUAGCAUAUUUCCACUGUGGCAUGACUGGGUUUUAGCUCGAGUUCGUCUUCUUCGGUGCCUCGAAGGUUUUGACAUAAGCAUAUUCCUCCAACUGGUUCCAACAUCGGAAAAAUAUGAUCAACACCGGGAAACUUGCUGGAAGGACCCUUUUCAUAACUGGUGCGAGCAGGGGGAUUGGUAAGGCGAUCGCCUUAAAAGCAGCCAAAGAUGGUGCCAAUAUUGUCAUCGCCGCCAAGACGGCUGAGCCCCAUCCUAAACUCCCUGGUACCAUCUUCACCGCUGCCCAAGAAAUCGAGAAUGCUGGUGGGAAGGCCCUUCCAUGUAUCGUUGACGUUCGGGAUGAGAAGCAAGUCCAGGAGGCUGUUGAGAACGCAGUAAAAAAGUUUGGAGGGAUCGAUAUCCUUAUAAAUAAUGCCAGUGCCAUCUCGCUCACAGGCACCCUUGACACUGACAUGAAAAAAUACGAUUUGAUGCAUAACAUUAACACCAGAGGGACUUUUCUCGUAUCUAAGGUAUGCUUGCCAUAUCUGAAAAAGGGGAAAAACCCACACAUCGUGAACAUCAGCCCUCCUCUCAGCAUGAAUCCUUUCUGGUUCAAGAGCCAUGUUGCAUACACAAUGGCAAAAUACGGCAUGUCAAUGUGCGUUUUGGGUAUGGCUGAAGAAUUCAAAGAGGACGGUAUUGCAGUCAAUGCCCUUUGGCCGAGAACUGCUAUUCUUACUGCUGCUAUUGAGAUGCUGACUGGCAAGGGAUCAGCUUCACAUUCAAGAAAGCCAGAUAUAAUGGCUGAUGCGACUUACGCCGUUCUUUUAAAGGAUUCCAAAACCUUUACUGGGCAAUUUUUAAUUGAUGAUGAAGUGCUUAAGGCUGAAGGCCUCACUAAAGAGCAAAUCGAUCAGUACGCUUGUGAUCCAAGUAAUGUAGAGAACCUAAUGCCGGAUUUCUUCUUGGAUGAGGCAAUAUCGUACACACCUAAACAGGAAAGUAGUAAUAGCAGCAGUAGCACUAGCUCUGGAGGGGACAAGUCUGUUGAGACGAUUUUUGCAGCGAUUACUAAAAGGCUGAGUCCAGAACUCGUCAAGUCCACACAAGCUGUAUUUCAGUUUAAUCUGACAGGUUCAGAAGAGGGAGUUUGGUUCUUGGAUUUGAAAAAUGGUUCUGGUGCUGCUGGUAAAGGAAAACCAUCUCACACUCCAGAUUCGACAUUGACCAUGACAGGAGACAAUUUCUUCAGCCUUUUCUCAGGAAAAUUGAAACCGUCUGCAGCCUUCUUGACUGGGAAGCUGAAGAUUUCUGGCAAUCUUCAGAAGGCAAUGAAACUUGAAAAACUCAUGACAUCUCUAAAAUCAAAACUCUGAAAAUCACAUCUUUUAUUUCAAAUCAGAAAUUUUAGACUGUUUUUCAAGCCUUCUAGCUCAGUUAUUUUUAUAGUUAAAAGAUUCUGUAUUUUAUAGAAAUUUUAUAUUGAUUUUGAUCAAGCAGAUGAGUUA